UUCAUUCACAACUUUUCUGCCCCUUGUUCAGCACGGACUACAGAGCAUUGGCGUCAAUAUGGUCUAAAAACCCUAUAAAAGAAGAGAAGAGAACAUACUACACUGAAGGAAUAUUAAGAGGGUAUAAGAAUAUCAGGAAGACUUCCUUAAAAUGCCUUCUCCGUCUGCUGUGAUGUUGCCGGAGGAAAACAAGAGAAGUCUAACGGAGCUUUCGGAAAAGGAUAAUGAUGCUUUUUUAACUUCCUGGGAAAUGGCUCUGGAGCAUCUGAGAACAUACAAGGAACAAGAGGAAAUUCUACCAUAUUACAGCGUGCAGCAUCAGAAGGACACAUUGGAACUGAAGUCAGCGAGGAUAGCAAAGUUGCUUGAGCAUUUGCAUGAAACAAAUUCGGACCAAGAUCUAGCAAAACUCCUGACUUCAUCUGGCCUACGAAAAGAAAUAGUGAAUAUUAUUACAUCCCAGUGGUGGCUGGGAGUAGCUCCGAGGGAGAGGCUGGGAGAACUUUUGUACAGAAUUUCCUUCAUUGUCCUAUUUGCCUGUUGGAUCCUGACACCUUGCUGCUGUCACCUGACCCAAAUUCCGGGUAUUAGGCUUACUUGAGUGGUGACUGGUGGGUGUGUGGUUUAUAGGCCCAGCCUACACAAACACUCGGGUUGGGUGUAAAGUUGUUAUCUCUUUUUAUGCCAUUUUCCAAAGUCUGUAUUUAUCAUUUGUUAUGCUUUGUGAAGGUUGUAAUAGAUUGUUUUCUUUGCACAGACUCUGUAACAUUGCUCUAGUAGUGUACAACUCUGUGCAAUAAUAAUAACAAUGAGUUGUGAUGUUUUGUUACUCGUGUCACUUCUUAUGUAUUUAUUUGUUCAAUUUCCUGUAACACACCCUUGAGUGCUGGUCACAACAGGCAGGUAUAAGAUCCUUAGCAUGGAAAUAGUAUCCUCUCUGGAGAACUCUUCCAGCCAUGGCUCACAGAUGGUACAUUCCUCCCUUGUUUACUGAAGGAAAUAACACAAGAGCCCCUUCCUAAAUGCUCGCCGAGUCUAAUCUUCCUCCUGAGAGGAAUUUUGAUGAGCUAUAGUGCAUGCUGUUCUUGCGACAUGCAAAUUAUGUCAACAUUUUUGAUUUUUCAUUACAAUUCAGAAACUAAACCAAAUCUUUUGAUAUCUCGUUGGAGUCUUGAAACACCCAGGAUGCAGUUUGGGGAAGAGUGACCCAGACCAAAGUAGAUUUUUUUGUUUGUUUGAAAGUGAUUGCAUCCAUUUUUUUUCUGUGAUCUAGAAAUAUUCAAGUUUAUUCCAUGAGCAAAUAAACUUAUAAUAUUUUCCCUUUGUAAUAAAGAGUUCAACUUAA